AUGACCUUGAGCGGGCCUGCUGGAAAAUCAGCCGUGUUGGGUCGCCUGUGCAAGCUUGGACCGCCUUUACAUAUCAGUAUUUGUUGCUACUCACCUGGAAGGCAGUAUCAGAGCGGCAUAAUGGCGAGUGAGCCUCGCAAAAGUUUCACCAGCCUGCCUCACUUCGAGGACGUGGAUCAGAACUCGCGAAUAAACAGCGUCGACGAGUCCGGUAUCGGGGAUUUCAUCAGUCCCGAUUUCGAGUUCGACCAAUUUGAGACUGAACUCGCAGCAACGAGAGUGCCAGAUGAGGGUGAUGAUUCCGAUGCUGUGGGCAGGAUUUCCCCAGAGCAGUAUGUUGAGGAGGAUUUUGAGGCCGAAUUGGGUUGUCCGGCAGCGCAGGAAGUAACAGCUCAGGAGGCGUUGGACGUGGAGUAUAGGGAUAUCGCGCUCCUGGGUGUCAUCCAGGUUGCUGGCGAUGACCGUCUGGGUCGGAAGGUCGUCGUCUUCUCUGCCUGUCGUCUACCGCCCUAUGACGAGGUUGACUAUCAACGACUCUAUGAUUACAUCAGAAGGACACUGGAGCAGUACGUGGCGAACGACUACUCCUUGGUGUACUUCCACUACGGCCUGACGAACGCCACAAAACCACCAAUGAAGUGGAUGAUGCAAGCCUACCGGGGUUUUGAUCGCAACUUCAAGAAGAACCUCAAAGCUCUCUACAUCGUCCACCCCACAAAUUUUAUCCUCUUCAUGAUCAAGGUAUUUAAACCCAUCAUCAGUCGGAAAUUUGGUCGAAAAAUUAACUUUGUCAAUCAACUGAAUGAACUGUCGGUUGAUAUGCAUCUGGAUCAGAUUCCAAUUCCUCAACGAGUUCGACUAUAUGAUGCCAGUCUGGUUCGAUUGAGAAGCUCCCGGACCCUUCAGACUGGUGGUCAGCUGGUAGUGCAACCGCUAAACAGCCUCCAAUCUUCCGCCAAGCACCCGCCCAGACCCCACCAGGUCUUUGGAGUGUCUCUUGAUUUCAUCAUGAAGCAUAACAACAAUGACCCCAUUCCGACUCUCCUCAGGGAAUCGGUGGAGUACAUUCGUCGAGACUGCCUGGAUGUGGACUGCAUUUUUCGACGAUGUCCAAGCGCAACGCUGGUGAAGUCUGUUCAAGGGAUGUACAACUCAGGUAGAUCCGUGAAAUUCGAGGUUUUUGCUGACCCCCAUCUACCAGCGUCCCUCAUCAAAACUUUCCUUCGCGAUCUGACCGAACCACUACUCACCUACGAACUUUAUGACAUGAUUUUGAGUCUACACAGUUUGCCAUGGGAGACAAGAUUGGAGAAAGCGCGUGAGCUGAUCUCGACUCGCCUGCCCGAUGUCAACUACGCCGUACUCAAGUACCUCAUGUCCCUUCUUACGGAGGUGUGUGCCCACUCCACUCAAAACCACAUGACCGACGUAAACCUAGGCAUCGUGUUCGGACCAAACUUACUAUGGUCACGCUACGCCACCAUCUCUUCCUCCACAGAAGUGGGCAAAAUCAACUCCUUCGUGCAGCUCCUCAUCUCCAAUUACGAUGACAUCUUUGUUAAGUGA